UAUAAUCGACUUAUUGAGGGUGUUUAAUCGCAUCUCCAUGGCGUCCGGAGGGUUUGUGCAGGCUGUGGUGCUGCUGCUGGCGGUCCAGCUGCUCUGUGUGACUGCAGCUGAUGCGGAGCAGGAGACGGGGACUGUCAUCCCCGCAGAGAGUCGUCCAUGCGUCGACUGUCAUGCAUUUGAGUUCAUGCAGAGGGCACUGCAAGAUCUAAAGAAGACCGCUUUUAAUCUCGAUGCCAGGACUGAGACGCUGGUGCUGAGGGCAGAGAGGAGGGCUCUGUGUGACUGCAUGCCCACCAGCUCACUGCGCUGA